AUGGCGAUCCUGGAAGCGCAGCGCCCAACCGAUGGGACCGAAGGCGCCCCUCAGGAGCUGCGUCCGUCCGCGUCUCCUUGGUCUUUGGUAGCUCUCGCCUGCUUAGUAUGGCCAGCAAUUUGCACAGUGCCGCUGUUUCUCACGUUCGAGACAGCCUACAGAAAUGUUUUUCCACCAUCGUGGUACGAUGAGGCUCCUGUGGUGCCGACACUGGGGCCGUACGGCGUCGCGGAUCCGCGAGGAAUCAAGCCCUUGGGGCUUAUCCUGGGGCUUCUGGCUGUGGUCGUUGGCCAGUUCUUCAUGAUCUGCUACCACUACUUGCGUCGCAGCUCUCACCUGGGUGGACUAAAGCGAGUCCAGCCGCAGGUGCGGGACUACGACUUCUCAGAAGGUCUGUCGACGCACUUGUCCAAUCCUGAAGGCUUCGUCCUUCUGGGCGGCUACCUGAUAGGAACGUGGAUGCUCGGCUGGAUGCCAUCUUCGUACUACUCUUUUGCUGGCGGCAUCAGCUGGAAGCAUGUGGCUGCACAGCUCCUAUUGCAGGACAUGAUCCAGUGCUUCAUGCACCUGGGCGAGCACAAGAUUUCCACGUGGGUGUACCAGAACUCCCACAAGCCGCACCAUCGCUUCACGAACCCACGCGUCUUCGACGCCUUCGACGGCAGCUUGGUCGACACGAUUUGCAUGAUUCUGAUCCCUUUGGUCAUCACCGCGCGCUUGGUUCCGGCCAAUGUUUGGUCGUAUAUGACCUUUGGCACGCUCUAUGCCAAUUGGCUCGUGCUGAUCCACUCCGAGUUCGUUCAUCCGUGGGACGGCCUCUUUCGGAAGCUGGGAUUCGGAACGGCUGCUGACCACCACGUACAUCACAGGCUCUUUGUUUAUAACUACGGCCAUUUGUUCAUGUACUGGGACAAGCUCUUGGGCACGUACAGGGACCCGUGCAACCUGUGGGGGAAGCAGUUCAACAAGGACGUUUGA